GCGGCCACGUCAGCCAGGAGCGGCUCCAUGCUCCAUGCCGGGCGCGGCCUAUGGGGCAGCUCCAGCGAGGCGGAAGCGGCCCUGACAACAAACCGCUGCGACGAGAGGAGCCGCUUCUCAGAGCGCCCGGGCCCCACAGCGCCCCCUGCCGGGAAACCUCCGCCCCUCCCGGCCAGCAUCCGCCCAAGGGGCAGAUGGGGGAGGAAGGGGCACGGAAGUGCGUCCCCCCGGAACCGGAAGUAGAUCGCGCAGGGGCGGAAGCGGGACUAUGGCGGCCGGAUUCAAAACUGUGGAACCUUUGGAAUAUUACAGGCGAUUUUUGAAAGAGAACUGCCGACCUGAUGGAAGGGAGCUAGGUGAAUUCAGAACCACCACUGUCAAUAUAGGUUCAAUUACUACUGCAGAUGGUUCUGCCUUGGUGAAGCUGGGAAAUACUACUGUAAUUUGUGGCAUUAAAGCGGAAUUUGCAGAACCCCCAGCAGAGUCAUCUAAUAAGGGAUAUAUUGUUCCCAAUGUGGAUCUGUCACCUCUCUGUUCAUCAAGAUUUCGCCCAGGACCUCCUGGGGAAGAGGCUCAAGCAGCUAGCCAGUUCAUUGCAGAUGUAAUUGAAAACUCAGAAAUAAUAAUGAAAGAAGAUCUGUGCAUAGCAAAUGGCAAGCUUGCUUGGGUUCUAUACUGUGAUCUCAUAUGUUUGGACUAUGAUGGAAACAUUUUGGACGCCUGCACAUUUGCUUUGUUAGCAGCUUUAAAAAAUGUACAGUUGCCAACGGUUACUAUAAAUGAAGAAACUGGUUUGGCAGAAGUUAAUUUAAAACAGACAAACCCUUUGAAUAUCAGAAAGCAUCCAGUUGCCACAUCAUUUGCUGUAUUUGACGACACAAUACUCAUUGUUGAUCCAACUGCAGAAGAGGAGGACCUGGCAACUGGAACUGUAACUAUUGUAAUGGAUGAAGAAGGCAGACUAUGUUCAGUUAAUAAGCCAGGUGGAAGUGGCUUAACAGCAGCAAAACUUCAAGACUGUAUAACCCGGGCAGUUACAAGACACAAAGAAGUCAAGCAGCUGAUAGAUAAAGUGAUAAAAAGUGUAAAAUAAAUGUACAGCAAUGUCUCUUCAAAAUAGAUUUGUAAAAAUUGUAUUUGUUACAGUGUUCACAAACCUUUUAUACUAAAUAAACAGUUAUCG